GGCUCUGGACGCGCCCUGCUGGGGACGGGACGGCCCUGCAGUUUCCUCGCCACCGCUUGACUCAUCCUCUGGCCGCAGCCCAGGCUGGCGGGAUUGCCUCGAGGCGCUAGCUGCCUGGAUUCUGCUGCCGGGCCGCCCCCUGCCCCGAGACCUCCAGCCGCCUUGCGGGAGUCAGUCGGCGGGGCUCGGUCAGCAGCCAAGUAGCAGGGGCCCAGGAGGGCUUGAAGCCUUCUCAGUGAUGGCAGAGAAGCGGCCCCUGGAGACCCUGGGCCCUGUGAUGUACGGCAAGCUGCCCCGCGUCGAGGCAGACUCGGGGCCCGGACACAGCCUGCCCCCUUCUGCUGGCGACCAGGACCACUGCAGCUACAAGGGCUCCUACUUCUCCUGCCCCCUUGGUGCUCCCAAGGCAGAGUCUGAGCGGCUGGCAUCCUGGACUCCAUAUCCACCCUUGUACCCCACCAGCAUGGCAGGAACACCCCUCCGUGCAGACAACCUAUUGCCCAACUGCCUGCUCUACCGCCCGCCAGCAGAGGGCUCGGGGAAGGUGCAGGACUCCAGCCCUGUUGAGCUCCUGCCCUUCAAUCCCCGGGCUCAUUCCUACCCAGGCCCACCACUGGCAGCACCCAAACCUGUCUACCGCAGCCCUCUGUGCUAUGGGCUCUCAACUUGCCUGGGAGAAGGGGCAGUGAAGAGGCCGCUGGAUGUUGACUGGUCACUGGUGACUGCGCCCCUGCUGCCUCUGACUGACCCUCCCUGUUCUCUGGCCCCGGCUUCUAACAAGGGCCAGUCCCUGGAUGCCCCCUUCUUGCGUGGGGUGCCAUCUGGGGGAUCUGGCAAAGACCCCUCGGUGAGCUUCUCCCCAUGCCAGGCAUUCUUGGAGAAGUAUCGGACCAUCCACAGUACGGGUUUUCUAGCCUCUAAGUGUGCAGGUCCUUACUCUGGGGACCCUAAGACAAUACCCGAGGGUCCCCCCAGCCCUUGGACCCAGCUGGCCCAACCCUUGGGACCAGCCUGCCAGGAAGCAGUGCCUGCCCCCUACCCGUUGCUGCACCCUCCACAGGUCCUGCCUUGCCCUCCAGCCUGUCGCCACCCAGAGAAGCAGGGCAGCUACAGCUCAGGGUUCCCACUGCAGCCUCUGGGGACCCACAAGGGGGCAGGGUACCCAGCUGGUGGGCUGGGCAGCCCUUACCUGAGGCAGCAGCAGGCAGCCCAGACACCCUGUGUGCCCCCAGUGGGGCUGGACGCCUAUUCCUACCCCUCUGCCCCCCUCCCGGCACCCUCACCAGGCCUCAAGCUGGAACCGCCUCUCGCUCCACGGUGCCCACUGGACUUUGCCCCCCAAGCGCUGGGCUUCCCUCAUGCCCGGGAUGACCUCUCUCUCUACGGAACAUCCCCGGGGCUUGGAGGAACGCCACCUUCCCAGGACAGCAUGCGGGUGGUGCCACAGCCCAGUGCCUUCCAGCGGGCCUGCCAGCCCAUGCCUGCCAGCCAGCCGUGCUUGCAGCCUGCACGGCCUGCAGAGGAACCGGUGCAGGAAACUGAGAAGACAUGGCUGCCUAGCUGCAGGAAAGAGCAGCCCCGGCCCUUGCCUGACAAGCACCCUGGGGCGCCCAUUGUCAUCCGAGACAGUCCAGUUCCCCAUACUCCACCUGCACCCCCACCCUGUGCCCAGGAGCCCCAGUCCCUUCAGAAGGAGGAUGCAAGGCCACCCAGCUCUCCACCCAUGCCUGUCAUCGACAAUGUCUUCAGCCUGGCCCCCUACCGUGACUAUCUGGAUGUACAGGUACCGGACGCCGCGUCUGAGCCAGCCCCAGCUACCAGUGAGAGCCAAGGCAAAGAUUGCAGGGGGACCCUGCCUGCCCAGGAGGCUCCCUCGAGGGCACACUGCUCACGAAGGGAGGAGGUAGCACUGGACUUGAGUGUGAAGAAGCCCAUGGCAGAGGCUCCCCCCCUCAAGGUCUCUAGUCCUAUGAUGCAUGCCAAGCCCACUGCAGCCAUGGAUGUGCCAGGCAUGGGGAACACCGUCUUGGAGUUACCGGGUUUGGAGAACACAGUCUUGGAUGUGCCAGGCCUGAAAAAGAUAGGCACGGAAACACCAGGGCCGUCUGAGGUGCCGGUGACCACAGAGGCCACACCAAGGACCAACUUCCACAGCUCUGUGGCCUUCAUGUUCCGAAAAUUCAAGAUCAUCCGGCCAGCACCUUUGCCUGCAACUGUGGUCCAAUCCACGCCCACCUCAGCUGCUGACCCAGCACAGCCUGCACCUAACCCCCCAUCUGUGCCCAUCGGACUGCAAAUUAUCAGCCAGCCCUUGCCCAUGGCAUGCUUCAACCUGGCAGUGCACAGCCCUCCAGCCUUAGCUGCGCCCUCCCCUGCUCCUGCUCCCGCUUCUACUCCAGCCCCGACGGACUCCUCCGAGCAACACUUUGCAGGCCUGCACGCAUCCCUGUGUGAUGCCAUCUCGGGCUCGGUGGCCCAUUCUCCACCUGAGAAGCUGCGGGAAUGGCUUGAGACGGCUGGGCCUUGGGGCCAGGCUGCUUGGCAGGACUGCCAGGGAGUGCAGGGGCUGUUGGGCAAGCUGCUGUCACAGCUGCAGAGCUUUCUGUGCACGCAGCAGUGCCCUUUCCCCCAUGUGGUGCGGGCCGGCGCCAUCUUCGUGCCCAUCCACCUGGUGAAGGAACGGCUCUUCCCGCGGCUGCCACCCGCGUCCGUGGACCACGUGCUGCAGGAGCAUCGCGUGGAGCUGCGGCCCACCACGCUGUCGGAGGAGCGGGUACUGCGGGACCGUGCCCUGCACGGCUGCACCUCGCGCAUGCUCAAGCUGCUGGCCCUGCGCCAGCUGCCCGACAUCUACCCCGACCUGCUGGGCCUGCAGUGGCGUGACUGUGUGCGCCGCCAGCUGGGUGACUUUGACUCUGAAGUUGGAACCAUGCCCCCCUCAGAACCUACCGUGGCCAGAGAUGAGCCAGAGAGCCUGGUCCUGGCUCGGAAGUCACCGGCCCCCAAGACCAAGAAGCCGGGGAGGAAGCCACCAACCCCUGGCCCGGAGAAGGCAGAGGCAGCUGCUGGGGGAGGGUCCCAUGGUGCCUCACCGCCCCUCGCUGCCAGCCCACCCGGCCCCACCCUGAGGGCCCGCUUCCGCAGCUUGCUGGAGACUGCCUGGCUCAAUGGCCUGGCUCUGCCCACUUGGGGCCACAAGGCCUCUGGACCGGACCGGCCCCCGCCCCACCCACAGCUGUUGGGGGGCCAGGACCACCACCUGUAGCACUGACCGCUGCUGUCUGGGGGCCACUCUCCAGGGUUGGGAUGGACAUGCCCUUGCGGUUUCCCAGCUCCCACCCUGUGGCCCCCCCAGGCUGGGCUCAGAGCCUGGAACUUAGGAUCUUUAUUAGAAAGGACUUCUUCCUGUUUCUUCCUAAGAGAAAAUGUGUAGGCUUUGGAGCCUGGCAGACUUGGCCUUGAGUCUUGGCUCCUCUGUUCUUUUCUGUGUGACCUGGGUAAGUCAUUCCCCCUCUCUAGAGUCCUAGAUUCCCUGUUUGUAAAAUAGGACAACACAGCCUACCUCACAGGGUUGUGGGGAUGACUGAUGCACACCCAGGACGCUCUGGCCUCUGCUCCUUCCCGGGACGGGGGCCUUUCUCUCGGCCGGGGCCUGGAGUGUGAGGCUGAGGCCCGCAGAAUUUUCCGUAGAAAGUCUUUUCAUGUCCUAGGACUUGGUUGUCUUAUAGUGGGACAUUGUAUGGUGUAGGUCACCCACACACAAACACUUUCUGGAGUCGCAGCCCCUGUAUUUGGGGUUGGGCCCUAACCCCCAGCCUGGAGCUCCCAGGUGGCUGGGUGUUGCCCCUUCGCCCAUCCCUGCUGCUGGUGCAGAGGUACACCCUUGUUCUGGGCCUGCUACUCCCACCCGCUGGGGGGCCCCAGAUUGAGGUCAGUGAGUUCCCUGAGCUUACCUCCAGCCUCAUGCGUUAUCCCAUGGAAGUUGUAUGUUUUUUGGAAGCCAAGCAGCUGUGGGGACUCGGACUGGACGGGGCAGGCUGAAUGGCAACUCAGUCCCAGGAGGCCUCUGAAGAUGUGGACUGGGGACACUGGCACUUCCCAAACCAGAGUCCACCAGCCUGGCCUGUUGCAGGCUUCCCUCCCAGCAGUCUGCCGAACUGAGCCAGAGGCUGGCAAGCUUGGCUCUUUGGCCUAUUUAAUGUUUUCUAAGAAGGCCGCAGGCCCUGGAGGCAGGCCAUUAAAGCAUCUGGGUUGUUUUUGAAA